AUGGUCCUGAAGGAGUCCCCGGCGGCAAGGAAGCUGGACAAAAUUGAGGACGACAGCUCUGCUGGAUGGACUCUGAGGAGAAACACAAGCAAACAACAGAGGACUCAGUGUGGAGAUGGGUGGGGAAAACCAGCUGGUUCUUCCUGUAACAUCACUUUGAUGGUGCCUCAUGACAGUGGAGUUUACUGGUGUGAGUCCAGAGAGGGUCCCAUCAGUAACAUGGUUAACCUGACAGUCACUGGUGGAUCAGUGAUCCUGCAGAGUCCUGUCCUCCCUGUGAUGGAGGGAGAUGACGUCACUCUGCUCUGUAAAACAAAGACCACUCCCUCCAACCUCCCAGCUGCUUUCUAUAAAGAUGGCUCCCUCAUCAGGAAGCAGCCUACAGGUCACAUGACCAUCCAGCAUGUUUCCAGGUCUGAUGAAGGCCUCUACAAGUGUGACAUCAGCGGUCAUGGAGAGUCUCCAUCCAUCCAGAUAAAGCUGCAGGAGAUGAUGUCACGUACACCCAAGUAUCCCAUCGCAGACAGCAGCCUGUGA